UUGACAUACAUGGAUUUAUUAGAGACAUCUAACGUCGGAAAUUUGAAGGAAAAUUGACAUUCAAUGACAUCUUGUAAUAGAAUUUUAAUCUCAUUGAUUACUAAUUUUUAUCUAUUUACUAUUUGUAUGAUCUAACCCCAUAAUUAUUUCACAUUUUGACAGAUUAUUCAGCUCGAAUUUUUAUCAUAAGGAAAAAUAAAAAUAUGGAAAUGAUUCUUCAAAUAUUUCUUUAUAAAGUGGUUCUAAGUUUUUCUGCAAGAAGUUUCGCCCAAUAUAUAUAUAAAGGAUUUUAUGUGGGAGCAUUCGGUCUGUCAAUUCGACUUAGCCGAAAUUAUUUAAAUACAUAUUUUUUUUAUAAUUUUGUAGACGAUUAUAGUUUGAAUCAGACAAAUCUAUAUACUUAUUUGAACACACCUGCAAAAUUUCAGAUUUUUUGGUUCACUAGUUUUUCAAAAAAACGUGUCAAUAUAAUGAUAGUCUCAAUCGGACAUAGAAGAACAUCCAACAUCUUCUUAAAAGGUACAUCUUCGGUUCAAAUAAAUGGAAAAAGAAAUAUCCAGAGCCGUAUCGAAUAUAUGGGUAGAGUUAUCAAAAUAUUCGAAUUUUAGCAUCAAACCAAUACGCAUUCGCAAUGAGUAUUAUGGGAAAAGAGAAAUAAAUGGAAGUUAUAGUGGUCUAUUAAAAUUAAUGCAUGAUGACCAAAUCGAUGUUAUUCAUAAUGCAUUGUUUUACUCAACAUAUUUGAAUUUGAUGGAUUAUACAACUCCAUACUUUAAACAUUACUUCUACUUCUAUAUUCGUCCAGAAUAUGCACCGAGUGAGUCAUGGAUACUUAAAAUAUUUUCUCUCAAUGCAUUUCUGUUUAUUAUCGCAAUGAUGGUCAUUUUUAGCGCUUUAGGAAAAUGGUUAGAAAAACUAAGUCACCAAAUAAAAAUGGAAAACAGUGUUUCUACAUUUCAAGAUCAUUUAUUUCAUACAUUUGCUUCAUUUUGUGCCCAAGGAUCGUUAGAACUACAACAACAAAAGUAUAAAGUAUUUGAAUUAUCCCGAAGAUUUUUUACCUGGUUUCUUCUGCUUACUGUCAGUUCACAUUUAAUUUCAUAUAUGACUAAUACUGAAUUAAAACCACCGUUUACUAAUAUUGAGACUCUUCUUCGGUUAACAAAUUAUGAAAUUUUGAUUUAUGAUGGAUCGGCGACAUUUGAAAGAUUUCAGAAUGAAUCUAAACUGUUGUUGAGUGCAGAAGAUCUUUUACGUAUUUCCCCAAUAAGUUCGAAAAAACAUAUAUAUGAAAAAGUUUGUUGGGGUAAAGAUAAAUUUGCAUUUAUUGAAUCGAGCACUAAACAAUAUACUGAGGAAAUGAAAAUUUGUCCUUUAAUACCCACUGGUGAACCUAUUUAUACAACAUGGGCUACUGCUGGUAUUAAGAAAAAUUAUAAAUACAAACGGACGUUUGAUAUUGGGAUUAUGAAGUUACGUGAAAGUGGUUGUAUAAAUAAAUUUAAAAAAUUUUUGACUCAGGGCAAGGAAGAAAAAGAACCACAAGGUCCAACAAUCAUACAGUUUACUCACGUUUAUCUGCAACAAGACUAG